CCGGGUGACCAGUUUGGCCAGGCAGGUCUGGGGCCUGGAGGCCGAAGAGCCAAGCUUCUCUCCUGACCUCUCCGCUGUGGGCACCUGAGUGGGUAUCCAGCUGCAGAUUGAAGGAAGCACGUCUCCUGGCUCCACCUCACAAACACUUAAAUUGUUUUCCCUAGACUGUGUUCUGCCGAGGCCUGGAGGGGGUGGAAACCAAGGUUAGAUUAAAAAAAGAAAAGAAAAAAAACCAAGGCAAAGAGGUGGUUUUAGGAAAAUGAGGACUAAUAUUUUGAAGUGGUGCUUGGAGAGAAGAGGCCGGUGUGGUCUGUGGGGGUGGGGUGGGUAGGGCUUCUGACCGCUCCCCCCGCCCCCCCCAGUUCCUUGGAGAGAAGAGGAUCACCCAGGCCUUCAGAGUGGGGACCUGACUGGGGCUGGGCACACUGCGGGAGGAGGGAGGCUGUGGAGCCCCAGCGCGAGCCGGGACUUUAACCACCCCAGCGGCAGCACCGCAGCCCGCGCCUGUCUUCGUGACAGGGCUGCGUCCUGUGCUGUCAACUACACCCCUCCGAUGGGGUUGCUAGGCAGCGGGGCUCUGAUGUGCGGGAAGGCCUUCUGAUUUGUCAGCCUCCUGCAGACACAUGGUUAAGGCUCCUUCCAGCCUAUCCGGAGGAGGGACGCGGGGCACGCCGCCUGCAUACUGCCGAGCCCCGGGUCCACCUGAAUGUGAGGUGCAAAAGGCAGCCAGAGGGAGGGGGCACCUGGAGCCCUCCAGCCUCCUAACCAGCUCAGCCCCACACCCCCCAUUAUCUUCUCUUGGGCUUGCAGCUGGCUCCUCCCUGCCCGUUCCCGCCCCAUUCCUCUUCCCUUCCCCAAACCAUGGAAAAGCAAAGUGCAGCAGGGAAAAGAGGUCAGUGGGGUACUGUCUGAUGAGCGUGAAAGGUUGUUUCACUGACUUCCACAUCGACUUCGGAGGCACUUCCGUUUGGUACCACGUUUUCCGGGGUGGGAAGAUCUUUUGGCUGAUUCCUCCAACCCUGCACAAUUUGGCACUGUAUGAGGAGUGGGUGCUGUCAGGCAAACAGAGCGACAUCUUCCUGGGAGACCGCGUGGAGCGAUGCCAAAGAAUUGAGCUGAAACAGGGCUACACGUUUUUCAUCCCUUCCGGUUGGAUCCAUGCAGUCUACACCCCUGUAGACUCUCUGGUAUUCGGCGGAAACAUCCUGCACAGCUUUAACGUGCCCAUGCAGCUGCGGAUCUACGAGAUCGAGGACAGAACACGGGUGCAGCCCAAAUUCCGUUACCCCUUCUACUAUGAGAUGUGCUGGUAUGUCUUGGAGAGAUACGUGUACUGUGUGACCCAGCGGUCCUACCUCACUCAGGAAUACCAGAGAGAAUCAAUGCUUAUUGAUGCCCCACGGAAGCCCAGCAUAGACGGCUUCUCAUCUGAUUCCUGGCUGGAGAUGGAGGAGGAGUCCUGUGAGCAGCAGCCGCAGGAGGAGGAGAAGGAGGAGGAGGAGGAGGAGGAAGGUGCAGAUAAGGCACCAAAGCCGCCCACCGAUGGCCCUGCCUCACCCACCAGCACCCCUUCUGAGGACCAGGAGGCCCCUGGGAAGAAGCCCAAAGCACCUGCCAUGCGGUUCCUCAAAAGGACUUUGUCUAAUGAGUCAGAGGAAAGUGUGAAGUCCACGACGGUGCCCAUAGACUACCCCAAGACGCCCACCGGCUCUCCCACCACCGAGGUCUCAGCUAAAUGGACCCACCUUACCGAGUUUGAAUUGAAGGGCCUGAAAGCUCUGGUGGAGAAACUUGAAUCCCUCCCGGAAAACAAGAAGUGUGUCCCUGAAGGCAUCGAGGACCCCCAGGCACUCCUGGAGGGUGUGAAGAAUGUCCUGAAGGAGCACGCGGAAGACGACCCCAGUCUGGCCAUCACUGGGGUCCCCGUAGUCACUUGGCCAAAGAAGACUCCAAAGAACCGGGCGGUAGGUCGGCCCAAGGGGAAGCUGGGCCCGGCCUCCGCGGUGAAGUUGGCCGCCAACCGGACGACGGCGGGAGCUCGCCGGCGCCGGACGCGAUGCCGCAAGUGCGAGGCCUGCCUGCGGACGGAGUGCGGAGAGUGCCACUUCUGCAAGGACAUGAAGAAGUUCGGGGGCCCCGGGCGGAUGAAGCAGAGCUGCAUUAUGCGGCAGUGCAUCGCGCCAGUGCUGCCCCACACCGCCGUGUGCCUAGUAUGUGGCGAGGCAGGGAAGGAGGACACGGUGGAAGAGGAAGAAGGCAAGUUUAACCUCAUGCUCAUGGAGUGCUCCAUCUGCAAUGAAAUCAUCCACCCUGGAUGCCUUAAGAUUAAGGAGUCAGAGGGCGUGGUCAACGAUGAGCUUCCAAACUGCUGGGAGUGUCCAAAGUGUAACCAUGCCGGCAAGACCGGGAAAGCCUACAAGCAAAAGCGUGGCCCUGGCUUUAAGUAUGCCUCAAACCUGCCCGGCUCCCUGCUCAAGGAGCAGAAGAUGAACCGGGACAACAAGGAAGGACAGGAGCCUGCCAAGCGGAGGAGUGAGUGUGAGGAGGCGCCCCGGCGCAGGUCAGACGAGCACCCCAAGAAGGUGCCCCCUGACGGUAUCCUGCGCCGAAAGUCGGACGACGUGCACCUGCGGAGGAAACGGAAAUACGAGAAGCCCCAAGAGCUGAGUGGCCGCAAGCGAGCCUCGACGCUUCAAACGUCCCCCGGUUCCUCCUCUCACCUCUCGCCGAGGCCCCCUCUAGGCAGCAGCCUCAGCCCUUGGUGGAGAUCCAGUCUCACUUACUUCCAGCAGCAGCUAAAACCUGGCAAAGAAGAUAAGCUUUUCAGGAAAAAGCGGCGGUCCUGGAAGAACGCAGAGGACCGGAUGGCUCUGGCCAACAAGCCUCUCCGGCGCUUCAAGCAGGAACCAGAGGAUGAUCUGCCGGAGGCGCCCCCCAAGACCAGGGAGAGCGACCACUCCCGCUCCAGCUCCCCCACAGCCGGGCCCAGCACCGAGGGGGCAGAGGGCCCAGAGGAGAAAAAGAAGGUGAAGGUACGCCGGAAACGGCGACUCCCCAACAAAGAGCUGAGCAAGGAGCUGAGCAAGGAGCUCAACCAAGAAAUCCAGAAGACGGAGAAUAGCCUGGCCAACGAGAACCACCAGCCCAUCAAGUCGGAGCCCGAGAGUGAGAAUGAGGAGCCCAAGCGGCCCCUGGGCCUCUGUGAGCGCCCUCACCGCUUCAGCAAGGGGCUCAACGGCACGCCCCGGGAGCUGCGGCACCAGCUGGGGCCUGGCCUGCGCAGCCCACCCCGAGUCAUCUCCCGGCCCCCUCCCUCCGUGUCCCCGCCCAAGUGCAUCCAGAUGGAGCGACAUGUGAUCCGGCCCCCCCCCAUCAGCCCCCCACCUGACUCACUGCCCCUGGAUGAUGGGGCGGCCCACGUCAUGCACAGGGAGGUGUGGAUGGCCGUCUUCAGCUACCUCAGCCACCAAGACCUGUGUGUCUGCAUGCGGGUCUGCAGGACCUGGAACCGCUGGUGCUGUGAUAAGCGGUUAUGGACCCGCAUCGACCUGAACCACUGCAAGUCCAUCACGCCCCUGAUGCUGAGUGGCAUCAUUCGGCGACAGCCUGUCUCCCUGGACCUCAGCUGGACCAAUAUCUCCAAGAAACAGCUGAGCUGGCUCAUCAACCGGUUGCCUGGGCUCCGAGACUUGGUGCUGUCGGGUUGCUCGUGGAUCGCAGUCUCAGCCCUCUGUAGCUCCAGUUGUCCCUUGCUUCGGACCCUGGAUGUCCAGUGGGUCGAAGGACUAAAGGAUGCCCAGAUGCGGGAUCUCCUGUCCCCACCCACGGAUAACAGGCCAGGUCAGAUGGACAAUCGGAGCAAGCUCCGGAACAUCGUGGAGCUGCGUCUAGCAGGUCUGGACAUCACGGACGCCUCCUUGCGGCUCAUCAUACGCCACAUGCCCCUGCUCUCCAAGCUCCACCUUAGUUACUGUAACCAUGUUACCGACCAGUCCAUCAACCUGCUCACUGCUGUGGGCACCACCACCCGAGACUCCUUAACCGAAAUCAACCUGUCAGACUGCAAUAAGGUUACUGACCAGUGCCUGUCCUUCUUCAAACGCUGUGGAAAUAUCUGUCAUAUUGACCUAAGGUACUGCAAGCAAGUGACCAAGGAAGGCUGCGAGCAGUUCAUAGCUGAAAUGUCUGUGAGUGUCCAGUUCGGGCAAGUGGAAGAAAAACUCCUGCAAAAACUGAGUUAGUCCAAGGACAAUUAUGUAAAUACGGGGUGGGUGGGGGGCGGGGAUGUGGCAGGGGAGGGUGAAAGACUUUGCAGAAACUAGGGCUUUUAUUUUCAAUUUGGAACUUGGAACUACAGACCACAGAACGAUUCCAUUUUGCAAGUCUUGCCGAGGGAGAAGCUGUUCCACCACCCGUUUGGGGAUGAGUGAGCUGGACACUUUCCUUUGGUCUUUCUGAAUCGUAACUGCACUGCUUUCUGGACCAUUUCUAAGGUGGCCUUUACCAAGAAGACAUUCCCAUCGGAGAGGAGGAUGAACUCUGGAGAAUUUCUCUUACUGAAGCAUGAGCUUAGGAGUUUUUUUGGUGGUGGUGUUUUUGUUUUGGACACCUCAUUCCUUGCAACUCUGAGGUUUUUGGUGUCAGCAUAAAGUGGACCACACACCACAUUUGCCGCCUUGACAUAUUUGUUUUGUUUGUUUGUUUGGUUUUGUUACAUCUUACAUUAUGCAGAACUAUUUUUGUACAAAUUGUUUAAAAGUUAUUUAUGCAAGGUUUGAAUGCAUACCAGUGUUUUUAUUGUUUUGAGAUUGCCAACUUUCCUGGUUUUCUUAAGGUAGGAGAGAACUUAACCUGUACUUCACCAACAAAUAAUCCAUCUAACACGUGCCCAGAUCUGGCAGAGCAGGCUAAGACCUUCCAGUUAAGAGCAUGUGUAACUGGCGGUUGGGAGCCUGCUUCGUAUGUCAAGAAGUUACAUAAGCAUGUUGUGGAUAUAUGUAAAUUAUAGUUGAAGUAAGACACUUUGCCAAGUUUCCUCUGUAUAGAAUUUACCUUUUUCUCAAAAUUUUAAAAUUCAGAAUUCAGCCUUUGCACUCAGGAGGGUUUUGCUCCAGCAUGAGCUCUUGUACUCUACAUACAGCUAAUUUAUACAGUGAGUCAAGAAGUAGAAUAAAUGAUCCAACAUAGCCUUUCUUUUCCUUUUUUCUCUCCUUUGAAGUGUGAGUUGAGUUCUCAUUUAAGGUUUAGAACAUGGCUUUUUCCUAGUUGUAAAGUUAUGCCUUCAUAAGUGCCAUUGUUGUAAGGUGUUGUUUUCCGAGACCUUCCCAGAUGCAGUUUUACCUUUGUUGAAUUUGUAUAAACAAUUGUACAAAAAAAAGA